AUGCCGCAGAACGAGUACAUUGAGCAGGCGCAGAAGCGCUACGGCCGCCGCCUCGACCACGUAGAGCGCACACGCAAGCGCGAUGCCCGCAAGGCGCACACGCAGGCAAAGCACCUGCGCCGGGUGCGCGGCAUCAAGGCAAAGAUAGCCGCCAAGCAGCGCUACACCGAGAAGGCAGAGAUCCGCAAGAAGAUCCGCGAGCAUGAGGAGAAGCAAACCACUGAGCGCGUCAAGGAGAAGGGGCCCAAGAAUGCGCUGCCCAGCUUCCUCAUGGACCGCAGCGAGGCAGACCGCGCCAAGGUACUCUCCAACUCACUGAAGCAAAAGCGCAAGGAGAAGGCAGGUAAGUGGGCGGUGCCGAUUGAAAAGGUCAAGCCGGUCAGCGAGGACGAAAUGAUGAAAGCCGUCACAUCCGGCAAGCGCGGAAAGAAGUCAUGGAAGCGUAUGGUGAACAAGGUGACGUUCGUCGGUGAGACGUUCACGCGUCGCAUGCCCAAGUAUGAGCGUUUCAUCCGUCCCAUGGCCCUCCGCUUCAAGAAAGCACACGUAACGCACCCGGAGUUAAAGGCCACGUUCCAGCUGCCCAUCAUCGGUGUCAAGAAGAAUCCACAGGGCAAAAUGUACACAGGCCUCGGCGUCAUCACGAAGGGUACGGUGAUUGAGGUGAACGUAUCCGAUCUAGGCCUCGUCACGCCGUCAGGAAAGGUGGUGUGGGGAAAAUAUGCGCAGGUCACCAACAACCCGGAGAAUGAUGGCUGCAUCAAUGCCGUGCUGCUUGUAUGA